AUGGCGGCCGUUCUUGGCCACUACAACUUCUGGAACAUAACAAGCGAGCAAGCUCUUGAAGAAGGAUGGCUAAGCUUACAAAACGUGAGGCCACUUUCAGCGAUCAGCGCUGCCUUAUCGAUAGCAAUGGCACCAGUAAUCAUAUUUGGAAAUAUUUUGGUCUUAGUUGCAGUUUGGAAAGAUCCUCUCAAGAAACUCCGAUCAUCACCCUCCAACCUCAUUUUGACAUCCAUGGCCAUAGCAGAUCUUUUAGUUGGCUUGGUGGUUUGUCCAAUAACUGCUUAUUGGGGCUGGGUGAUAUCUUUCCGAGGAGAAUCACCGCUAGAUCUUUCUGUGAUAUUUGCCAUCAACGUUUUCUCUGUAAACGUGAGUUUUGGUCAUAUGUUCCUUCUAACAGUAGACAGAGUCUUCGCCGUAACCACGCCACUUCGUUACCGUGCAACAGUUACAAAUAAGAGAGUUUUUAUCGCCAACUGUGCUUGCUGGAUUUAUUUCAUAGCUUUUGGAAGUGCAUUCCUUGUGUUGCGCGAUUCAUUUGCCAUAGUCGGGGCUGUCUACAACUUUCAACUUCUAUUUAUGCUUUUGGGCAUGUUGGCCAUGUACGUAACGAUCUUAAACUACUUUCACCGAUACUCCAAAGAAAGAGCAGAAGGACACUCACUCAGAGAUCGUAACAUUAUAAUGCAAAGAGAAAAAGAUCUCUUCAAGGCAAUAUCGGUCGUUGUCUGUGCUUUUCUCAUCUGCUACCUUCCGUGGUUCAUUGUUCAAGUGUUGAUCUACUUAUGCAAAGCGUGCCAUCCACAUUUACCAUUACUGAUGAUUUCUUUCGGAUUUUCAGGAAGUCUGACAUACGCAAACUCAGGUAUAAACCCAUUUUUGUAUACGUGGCGACUCCCAAAAUAUAAAGAGACAUUGCUAUACAUUUGGAGGCAACUCAUUUUAAAG